AUGAAGAGUUUUACUCUUCUUUUUCUGGUGGUUAUCUGUGGCACGGGAGGGUUGGGGCAGAAGCUGAAGCCAAAGAAAAGAAGCAAUGGUGAAGAAAUCAAAUUUCGGACUAAAACCAAGGACGUUUGCACAAUGAGCAUUAGUGGGGAUGAUGAGAUGAAACUUAGAAUUGAAUGCAAAAGCCAAGACAUGUCCUACUGGUGUGAAUUCACUGGCAAGCCUUCAGUCUGUCGUGCUUUCAGAAACAAUCCAAAGAUUUACUGGAAUCAGAUCGCCGCGGAACUUAGAAAGAUCCCUCAUGCUUGUGAAUCCAUGGAAGUGUUGAAGAUCUCCAUGUGCCAAAAGGCUCCUCCAGAGGCUCUCAUGAAGCAAAUAGCUGCUGGUGUGGAGCCAGAAGAGCUAGCAAACCAGGAAGAAUCGGUCCAGAAAAUGUCCACUUCUAUGAGAGGAGCAGGGCAAUGGUCUGAAAAUGAAACAGAAGCCAUGAAACUGGCACGGGAACAUUGCUGGGAAUCCCUGCAUGAUUUCUGCUCCUACAUUAUUGGCAUCUUUAGGGGUUAA